AUGUUGAGAAUAGUGACAUCUAGUAUUUACUUCCAAAAAAAGGCUGCACCCUGUCUAAAAGUUGUGCACCAUUACGGUUGCGAAUCGAAUGGUCUCUUUCAUUCCGGCGGAGACGCGAUUAGUCCGACACCGGAAACUCAAGGCUGCCGACGUUUUGCAACAUUCGGCGGUAGAAUGACCGCGUUUCUGCCCCCUAACUUGUUGGCCCUCUUCGCUCCGAGAGAUCCGAUCCCUUACAUACAACCUACGGACAAACUCCCCCACGAGAGAAAAACAAAUGGAUAUGCAGGUGUAUCCGCGUUUCUCUCGAAGUUCGAGGAUCCUGAAGCUACGCCGCCUCCCGUGAAAGUCGAAACCCGGGAUGAGCGUCAAGAACGGAAAAGAAGGGAGAAAAACGAACAGAUCGCCUACAAACUCGAACAAGAAAUCGCGAUGUGGAGUGCUAAUCAGGAUCAGUUCAGUGAAGCAGAAGCCUUCAGAACCCUUUUCAUUGCGAGAAUAAAUUACGAUACUUCGGAGUCGAAGCUGCGACGAGAAUUUGAAGAAUUCGGACCGAUUCGAAAGAUCACUAUGUGUCAGGACAAAGAAGCAUCAAAACCACGUGGUUAUGCAUUCAUUGAAUAUGAGCAUGAGCGUGACAUGCACGCCGCUUACAAGCACGCGGACGGCAGAAAGAUCGACGGACGCCGCGUCCUCGUCGACGUCGAGCGGGGACAUACGGUAAAGGGAUGGCUCCCUCGACGCCUCGGAGGUGGCCUGGGCGGGACGCGAAGAGGCGGUUCCGAUGUGAACAUAAAGGUAUCUGGUCGAGAAGACGGAUACGGGAAGCAGACGGCGGAUAGGGAUCGUUUCGCCGCCGCCGCUCGGUCGCCGUCGCGGGACCGCGGCCUGAAAACCAGGGAAAGAGAGAGGGACAGGGACCGAGAUCGCGAUCGUGGUCGCAGGGACCGCGACAGAAAGGGCGACGAGGACCGGCGCCGCAGGUCUCGUUCCAGGGACAGGGACCGCGAACGCCGCGGAGACAGGGACCGGGACAGGAGACGACGGUCUCGGUCGAGGGACAGGCGUCGUGGCGGAGACCGACGCAGCGACCGCAUGCGUGAGGACAUGGAUGUCCGCGUCAAGACCGACAUCAAGGAAGAACCCGACGCCGCCGGAUACGAGUAUGGAGGGGGAGGAGGUUUUGGUGGAGGCGGAUUUGUCAAGAAGGAGCCAAAAGAGUACUAUGACACACAGGAAGGGCAAUAUGGCGGCUUCAAUGCGCAAGACUAUUGA